AUGAAUACGCAACGGAAACGCAAUCAGAGGCAGCAGUGUAGGCCUCCACAGCAGCAGCAGCAGCAACAGCAGCAACCGCAGAAGCAGCAGCAGCAGCAGCAACAGCAACAGCAGCAGCCAACGAACCUCGUCACCACAGCGGCUGCAGUAUCAUCGCAAGAUGUCUCCAAUGCCAGGCAUAGCUCAGGGGCCCCCUCGGGGGCCCCCAAGGGCCCCCCUGGGGCCCCUGUUGCAAUCAAGGGGCCUCUAAGGGGCCCCCUCUUUGAGAACGCACAGCAGCAAGAAGACCCAGGGGCCCCUAGCGAGCAAUCAAACUUAAGCUGA